UGAACAUAGCUGAAACUGAGACAUCUCUUGUCUAUCACAGGGCAAUGAGGGGGCAUCAGGCAAACCAGGACCACCUGGACCACCUGGACCUCAAAGCACUGCUAUCUAUGAAAGAAAUGGAAUGAGCAGUAUAUACAAGAUACAGGACAUUCCAGGCCCACCUGGACCUCCAGGUUCACCAGGUUUGAAAGGAGAUCCUGGCUCAAUGGGAGAAAUGGGCCCAAUGGGAUUGCCAGGAUUAGAAGGUCCACCAGGGGAAAAGGGAGAUCCAGGAAUGCCAGGGCCACCUGGUCCUCAAGGACUGACUGGUCCACAGGGGAAACCUGGUCUUCCUGGUCAGCCAGGGCCAAUUGGUGUAACGGGCAAGCCAGGAUUGAAAGGGGAUAGAGGACCAUUGGGAGGAACUGGCUUUCCUGGACCAGAAGGACCCCCUGGUGCUCCAGGCAAACCUGGAGGACGUGGCUUCCCGGGUUCCCAGGGUUCACCGGGGAGCAAAGGAGACCGUGGACCGAAGGGUGAACGGGGAGAUCCAGGAAUACUGGGAGAUCGAGGUCCUCAGGGUGAAAGAGGAAGACCAGGUUAUCCAGGACCUCGGGGGGAGAAAGGAAUGAUUGGGCCGUCUGGACCAAUUGGGCCAACUGGAAAAGAGGGACCUCCAGGACCUCAUGGACCCCCAGGUUUUCCCGGCAGAAACAUUUCAUUUGAGGAAAUAUCAAGAUUUAUAAGACAAGAGGUCCACAGGGUUUUUGAAGAGAGACUUGCUCACUACAAACUGAAAUCUCCUGCUGCAAUGUUGGCUGCUCAGGCCAAAAUAGGCCUACCAGGGCCACCAGGAAAUGAUGGCCUGCCAGGACUGCCUGGGCCUCGAGGAGAGACUGGGCCACAAGGAGCCAGAGGCUAUCCACCAGCUGAGAAAGAGGUGGGGUAUCAUUUUGCACCCUUUAUCCAUUUGCCUUGUGGUUGA